AAUGCAGCAGUGGGCUGAGUAUGAGGCACAUGGCCAAUGAGUAAGACCUUUAGGAGCUCCUUCUCCCACCGUCUCCUCUCUCGGGUCGAACUGCUGCUGAGGAAGGACCUCAUCUGGAUACUCCUCUCCCUGCUCUCUCACUCUUUUUUCCAUCCCUCCUGUCUGUGUUUAUCUGGCACUGAGGGUCUCCAGCUCUCAACCGUCCGGACUCUCACCCCUCUCCUCUCCCCUGCUUCCCCCCUCAGGAUGUCGUGCGAGGAGGCUCAGCUCCACAAAGAGAGGCUGCAGGCCUUGGCGGAGAAGCGGAAACGGCAGAGUGAGAUUGAAGAUAAGAGACAUCAGCUUGAUGACCUGGUGCUGCAGCUACAACAUCUCAAGGUUGGUGUGCACCUGUGCACGUGCCUGUCUUCCCAGGGAAUUGUCAACUUCAGCAACACCACUUGCUUGGUUGCCUUGGACAUCAUGACCAUGUCUGGCCUAAAAGUGGAGAAGCGGAAACGGCAGAGUGAGAUGAAGAUAAGAGACAUCAGCUUGAUGACCUGGUGCUGCAGCUACAACAUCUCAAGGCUGCAUCUGCAGGACGGAGACGCUGAUUUUCCACAGUUAACAGUCACCCACAUGAACACGAAACAAAACUUUGCUCCAUGCAAAAUAGACAACAUCCAAGUGUCUGGAAGACAUCAUACUUUGUUUUCUGUUGGCAGGUUGGAGUCUGAGAUUGGAUCCCUAGAAAGUGAAGAGUCUCAGAUCUCAGCCAAAGAACAGGUUCUACGGGAACGUUUGAAAGAGACCGAACGGUCGAUAGAAGAUCUGCAGAAGAGUUUGAUAACCCAGGAUGGAGAUGCGACCAGCUGUAUGUCCGCCCCUCCUCUCAGACGGGCACCGAUACCGACCCCAACCACCUCAUCCUGGCCACGCAGCCCUGGACUGUCCUGCCCGCCUCUGGACAGCAAUCCACAUCAAGACCUGCGAUGUGCCAUGGAGAUCAACGUGCAGCGCAACCCUCAGACCGGAGAGCAGCGCGUACUCUCGGCCAGCGUUGUGAGCCCGUUUGACCUGGCUUCGCGCGGUGUCAAAGUCUAUGAUGAUGGCAGGAGGGUCUAUGAGGUGACUUCUUCAGGGGGCGUGUCCACCACCCUCGAGAACGGCUGGAGCUCGGCACAAGUUGACCAGCUGAUCCAGCGAGCGGCUAAACCUACCCAGCUGUACCACAGCUGCAUAUUUCCCCAGCAGAUGUUGAUGAUUGUCUCUCCGCCCUCCUGCGCGCCGCCAUCCAUCCCGCUCAGCCCCCCUGCUGAAGUGAUCCUUCAGAAGGAGACCCAGCUGGCCAUGAUGCCCCCCUCCUCUGCUCCCAUCGCGGUCCAGCCCGGCUCCUUUUCCCAUUCGGAACCCGAGAUUACCACUCAGCCGCAAGCCAGCGCCGAUCACCCAGUCACCAUGGUGUCCUGGGCUACCAGGAGGUUGAGGAACCACAGCGAGAACAGGCACCUGCUGGGAUUCGACUUUGCCGUGAAGGCGGAGGUGUUCUCGAAUGAUGAAGACGAUGAGAAAACGCUGAGAGAGAAGACCGUGACUGGACGUUCCAUCCUUGACGGCACGGCAGCCAGACCUCGUGUCUGUGACGGAUCCCGGCCACAUCUGAGGCCGCAGGCACAGAAUUCUCGUCUGAUGGCCCGAAUCCUGAUGCCAACACUCGCAUACCGCCACCAGGCCUCCCCCCCCGCCACAGGCCUAACAGACGUUGCCAUAACAACAGAAAAUGGAUGUGAAACUCUCACGUCAAGUGGACAUCCUCAUGCUGCCACGGAAUCAUGGCGUGCAGCCGAUGAUGUCACUGAUCCAACACCAAGAGAGCGAGCCCUAAAGAGCGUGAGUUUUCAGGAGUCAGUCAGCGUGAUAACUGACAGGCCUGCGACCAUGGAACUGGAGAGUCAGCAGCUGUGCUGCCUCAGCAACACCAGUGAGCGAGCGCACAACGCCUUAGGCGUGAAAGAAGAAGCUCCUGACACGGAGGUGGUGCAGGAGAUCUGUUACCUGGACCAGGUGUUGGAUGCUGCAUCAGAAACACCCAAUAAUGGAAGCUCCUCCCCUUUUGAACACUCCAAACCGAUCAGUAUUGACGGAUCGUUGCCGUCUGUCUGCGUGUCGGCCUCCUCUCUUGCCAGUCACCAGUCGAUCACGGUGGAGGGGCAGCGAAAAGCCACAUUCGUCCAUCAGGAGGCGGUGAGAGCCAAUGGGCACAUGCAGGGGGAGGAGCCAGAGCACCACAAGGCGAAGUUUGAGCUGAGAGCAUUUCAUGAGGAGAUACGGCCAUCAAAGCUCUUCUCUCCAGGGGAGGAGCAGCCGGUGAGAGUGACGAGGAGACGGCCCUCGGAGGAGGUUCUGGAGUUGGAACGUGAGCGUCAGGAGCUGAUCAGAGACCAGGCGGUGAAGAAAACCCCCGGGAUUGCUCAGCGCUGGUGGAACCCUCCUCAGGAGGUUCCUUUGGAAGAACAGCUGGACCCAGAGCAGCUGGAGUCGCUGCGGAAAUACCAAGAGAGGAAACAGCAGAGACAGAAUCACCCAUAUACCUACACACAGCCACAGGUGUCGGGUCCCCCCACAGUCGUCACCUUCGAUCCAGGUUUAACCAGGAAGGAAGACAUUGUGGAGGAGCAGAUUGAUUUCUUGUCUGCCAGGAAGCAGUUUCUACAAGGGGAGGCCAUCAAAAAGGAUGUAGCCCCUCAUAUAUAUUCCGCUAAACCUUUCUCCAAACCUGGCAUCAGAGGCAGCCAAGGGAGCGGUGAUGCUGUUUCAGAAACCGUAGAGAGUCAUGUGACCUGGUCUGAUGAAGGAAUUGCAGGAGAGUUUACAUGUGCCCGAGCUGUAAUGACGAUCCUGCGCGGGGAGGAGGAAGGGAAAAGCCAGUUCCACCCUGCUUUUCACACGGAGGAGUCUGACUCGGGAUUAGACGAGUUAUCGCUUCGUUCUCAGGACACAACUGUGUUCAGCUUGGAUAAUGUAUCUGACAGCGGAGCUUCACUGCCCCCUACACCAUUACCCCUUACCCCGGUGUCACCGCCAACCCCACAGCCCACCACACCAGUUAAUGGGCAAAGCAGUGGCAGCCCAACAGAAGAGGAGCUGGAAUAUCAUGCAGGCGUACUCGUCCAAAAUGCAAUUCAGAACGCCUUGGCAGCUCAGAAUGGAGGGAACUGGCAGCCGCCUCUUAAUGACUUGGAUUCUUCACUGACGAGCCCCCGCCUGUCUUCAUCUUCUGCUACCAAACCUCUUUCCAGUAGCCCAGUGCCAGUUUCCACCUCCCCUGUGUCUUCUGAUGGAGCACCUGGUCUUCCAUCACCUCUAUCUUCCAGUCCCGGUCUGGCCAACCUAUCAAGGCCAGACAGUCGGUCAGAGGUAUCAGUCUUUCCUCCAGAGAUGUUCUCAGACUCACAGCAGCACUCCAGUCCAGCACAACAACCACAGCAACAAAUACCGUCUCCACCACAAUCCCAGCCAAUCUCACCACCACAAAGACCCAGAGAAGGUGGUCCGAGGAUCAAAAUCCAGUCCUCGUAUGCCAGAGCACUUGCUGCCUCAACCCCAGCUCCAGCUCCAGCUCCUGUCUCAGCACCUACAGUGUGCAGGCCGGCUCCAGUCUACUGUCCCCCUUCUCCUCCAAGUCCAGAGAAACCAGAGUUCAGCUACUUCACAAAAUACUCAGAAGCAGCGGAGCUGCGAAGCACAGCAGCAGCAGCACGAGGACAUGAGAGUGAGGCAGCGAGCGGCCCGUUCCGGCUGCGCUCCAGGAAGCAGCAGACUUUGUCCAUGAUCGAGGAAGAGAUCCGAGCUGCUCAGCAGAGAGAAGAAGAGCUGAAAAAGCAGAGGCAGGCUCAGCCUGUCAUUAUCGGCCACCACAGCAGCUCCUCCAGCAUUAACCAUGGUGCAGGAAGGGCCGGGGUGCGGAAAACCACCAUAUCUCCAGCAGACAAGAUGAAGAGCAACAGCCUGCCAACGAGACUCACCCUGACAGCGAGAACAGCACCAGGAAAGAUCGAGAAGGUUCGACCUGCACCUCCUGUCUCACCUUCACCCUCAGAAGGAGCUUUGUCUGACACCAGCAGCGAGGACUCUGGAGGGUCACGAGCCAAAAACUUCAUGCAGACGCUGAUGGAAGACUAUGAAACACACAAAGUGAAGAGGAGGGAGAAGAUGGAGGACAACAGUUACGCCCAUUUGUUGCUGGCUAACGAGGUAACCACUGAGGUUCUGGAGGCCACGCGUGUCACCAGGAGGAAAAGCGACAUGGCACUGAAGUGGGAAGCCGGUAUCUACGCCAACGAGGGUGAAGAGGAGGAGGAGGAGGAAGAGGAGUAAACUGCUUCCUCCUGACAGGGACCACAUGGAAAAGAGGAAGCGAAGGGACACGGACACAUGAAGAGAACUGUAUUUAUUCUACUUGUAGUAUUCUGAUGAUCACAUGACCCACUGGUUUGACCAAUGGGACUUUGAGGAGGU